CGGCCGGCCGGGCCCGGCGUGGGGGCGGGGCGGGGUGCCGAGCGCGCAUGCGCCGCAGCGCCAGCGUUCUCCCCGGAUCGUGCGGGGCCUGAGCCUCUCCGCCGGAGCAGGCUCCGCUCGCACCAGCUUGCUCCCGCCGCCAUGUCUGCCACCGUCGAGCGGGAGUUUGAGGAGUUGGAUGCUGAGAAUCGCUGGCAGCAGCUGUACUUGGAAAUUCGCAAUGAGUCCCAUGACUAUCCUCAUAGAGUGGCCAAGUUUCCAGAAAACAGAAAUCGAAACAGAUACAGAGAUGUAAGCCCAUAUGAUCACAGUCGUGUUAAACUGCAAAAUGCUGAAAAUGAUUAUAUUAAUGCCAGUUUAGUUGACAUAGAAGAGGCGAAAAGGAGUUACAUCUUAACACAGGGUCCACUUCCUAAUACAGGUUGCCAUUUCUGGCUCAUGGUUUGGCAGCAAAAGACCAAGGCAGUUGUCAUGCUAAACCGAGUUGUGGAGAAGGAAUCGGUUAAAUGUGCACAGUACUGGCCAACAAAAGAUGACCGAGAGAUGCUAUUUAAAGAAACAGGAUUCAGUGUGAAGUUCUUGUCAGAAGAUGUGAAGUCAUAUUAUACAGUACAUCUACUGCAGUUAGAAAAUAUCAAUAGUGGUGAAACCAGAACAAUAUCUCACUUUCAUUAUACUACCUGGCCAGAUUUUGGAGUCCCUGAAUCACCAGCUUCAUUUCUCAAUUUCUUAUUUAAAGUGAGAGAAUCUGGUUCCCUGAAUCCUGAACAUGGGCCUGCAGUGAUCCACUGUAGUGCAGGCAUUGGGCGGUCAGGCACCUUUUCUCUAGUAGAUACCUGUCUUGUUCUGAUGGAAAAAGGAGAUGAUAUUAACAUUAAACAACUGUUACUGAAUAUGAGAAAAUAUCGAAUGGGACUUAUUCAGACACCAGACCAACUCAGAUUCUCAUAUAUGACUAUAAUAGAAGGAGCAAAAUUUAUAAAGGGAGAUUCAAAUAUACAGAAACGGUGGAAAGAACUCUCUAAGGAAGACUUAUGUCCUGCUUUUGAUCAUUCACCAACCAAAAUAAUGACUGAAAAAUACAAUGGAAAUAGGAUAGGCCUAGAAGAAGAAAAACUGACAGGUGACAGAUACACAGGACUAUCCUCUAAAAUGCAGGAUACCAUGGAGGAGAACAGCGAGAGCGUUCUACGGAAACGUAUUCGAGAGGACAGAAAAGCUAACACGGCUCAGAAGGUGCAGCAGAUGAAACAGAGGCUAAAUGAGACUGAACGAAAAAGGAAAAGGUGGUUAUAUUGGCAACCUAUUCUCACUAAGAUGGGGUUUGUGUCAGUCAUUUUGGUGGGCGCUUUUGUUGGCUGGACACUGUUGUUUCAGCAGAAUGUCCUAUAAAUAACAGUUCUGCCCCGCAAGCUCCCGCACUAAUAGCUGACAGUGUUGCGUUAGUCACAAGGGUUUGUCUGUUAGCAAACUCCUCACACCCCAGAAAUGGUGCGGUAGAAUAGACACCAACCAGACAAGUGAUAUAUUCAGUCCCCAGCCCAACAUCUCAGGACACUGUCCCCAAACUGUAAACAGCUAUCUGAAAUAAAGACUUGAAUGCUUGUUGAAAACUGGUACAUUUUGCAACUGUAUUCGUACAUGUUCAGUGUAAUAUUUCACCUGACCAGAUUGAGAAAUCCUCAAAACAAAGAUUUGUUUUUGGAGGCUAUCUGGAUUUUAACCUGCACUUGAUAACAAGCAAUAAAUAUUGUGGUUUUAUCUACAUUAUUACUGGAAAGAAAAUGACCUUUAAAUAAUGCGUGUAAUGUAUAAUGUACUGUUGACAUGGGCAUCAACAUUUUAUAUUCUUAAUCAUUUCAGGGUAAAUAUAUUUUAUAAGUAUUUAAUCUUACUUUUGUAGUUAAAUGUACUUUUUAAAAGCUCAAUAUGCAAAAUCUGUUACCAUAAAAAAAUAAAUUGUAUGUUGAUUCAAUUGUACUGGAUACAUUUUCCUAAAGAGAAGUUUGAUAUGAGCAGUUAGAACUAACUUUAAAUAAGCACUUUUUACUAUAUAUUUGCAUUUCUUUUAUGUUUUACAGUUUUCCCAAAUUUAAAAAGAAAAACAAACAAAGAAACAAAAAUUUUCCCUAAAAAUAUCUUUGAAGGAAAAUUCUCCUUACUGGCAUAGUCAGGUAACAUUUGGUCUCAAGACUUUGUAAAGAAAUUGGUUUCUGUAAAGCCCAUGAUGGAUACUGUUUAUUUUUCAUGAACAUUUCAAUGUAAUUACCCUAAUUUAUAGUUGGGGUAAACGAUGCUUUAGGAAAUAAAAAUAAGGAGCAGCAUUUUAUUAUCCACAGUUUCAGUUUACUAUACUGAAGUUUUGAAGUAAAAUUUUUUCAAGUUCUUUCUACUUCAAUAAAUAGUAUGAUGAUGUACAAAUCUGACCUUGUCCCUUUAACUUCUUAAUGGGUAUCUUUAAAGCAUAUUGUCUGGUGAAUUUAACUGCUCAUUUGAGUGCUAGCCUUCUUCAUAUCCCAACAUUCCAUUCAGUGUUUAACUUGUUUAGCUUAAACUUUAAAUAGUUGUUAUAAAUUUAAUUACUGAUAUAAUAAAGUCACAUUACUUCACUGGUUUUCGAACUACGCUUAUUGGAUUUUUGAAGGGUCGCCCCGAGGUGGUUGGAAGGACUCCAAGCUACCAGCCUUUACUUUCAACCAGAGCAUCUCUGCUUUAUCUAUUUUAUAUACUACAUAAGAUCGCUGCAUGAGGUUUAAUUAUUUUAAGGGGACAGUUAAAAUCUUAAAAACAGUUUGAAAACCAUUGGUAUAGAUAGGUAUUUUGAAUUGAUUUGAGUAGUUUUUUGAAUGUGUUAAAUUAUGCUGAAAGUCUGAAAGCAGGAUGUAGGUGGUACUACAUAUUAAAUAAGAUUUACGUAACUUGUGCCUGUGUCCUAAUUCAGUAUUACUGUGCCCUGUAACCUUUAAAUGGAGAGGAGGUAAGAGGGACUUUUUUUUUUUAUGUCUGUCUGCAUUAAACCUGUGUUCAGGUACCGGGACCCGUCAUUAUUGGUUUAAAAUCUUUCUAAUUUGCCUUGGUUUAUAUUUGCUAAAAUGCAGUAUAUUACUCUGCAAGUAAAAUAUGGGUAGAUCAUACUGAGUCUCCAAUUGAAAGUAGCCUUGCCUUAAACAAAAAGGUAAAAACUUCUUACAAAAAACAAAUGCUGAUAAUGAUGCCCCUUUGCAGGGUAAAUGUGCUUCCCUGGAUUCUGGAUUUUAGCUUUGCUUUUUGUCUGCUUUCUUUCCUUCUGAGUGGUGUUUUUUGUCAUAUAUCUUAACAGUCAUGUUCAGUGUAGUAAACAUUUGUUGAUAAACUUCUGCAGGGGUUAGUCAUCUUUCCUCUCAAGCAGAUCCUGAAGGAUAGUGUGUUGAGUUUUUACCAGUAAUAAUAUUUUUGGUGGGUUCCAUGUACUAAUUAUUAAAAAUACAUGUGCUGUGGUGCCCAGGGUCAUCAUCCUGGCCCCUUUAUUGAAAGCGGUGUGCUAGUCAGAGGGAAGGACACAGACCGGGCUCCUGCCUUCUUGGGUAACAGCCAGACGACAAAGUUAGCAAUCCGCGGUAGGUUUUACAUUUUACAAAAUUUGUGUCUCCUAAUAUUUUCUAAUUAUAACAGAUUUUAAAAGUCAGUUGUAUAGUUUGACUUUAAUGAGGUAGUAUUAUUUUUGGAAUAGGUUAAGGACGAAAAAAAGGUUUUUUAAAAAGCCAGAGGCUUUAUCAUUUUUAAGAAAGGAUAUCUACAUUAAUAUAUAGUGCAUUUGUGUUCAUAUCUGUCCCUGCCGAUAAACUGACAGCUGUCUUUGAUUUAAUGCUGUCUUCUCUGGCUAUACCAACUGGUCACGUAUUUGUUUCCAAGUGUAGCUAAGUAUUUUAUGCUGGCCUAUUAGCAAUUUUUAUCUAUGCUUGCUUAUAUAUAACAUGUAAAAACAGUUCUCCAUUUUUAGUUUAUCUGUAUAUAAAAUAAAAAUAAUACCUUUUCCUGAAUCCUUAGAGGAUUAAAAAAAAAGUAACAUGUGAAAGUGUAUAGAGAACUUUAGAUCAAUAUAAAGACCAUUCUUCAUGUUUAGGAUAUAUUUUAUAUAUGUGCUCUGUCCUUUUCCUCUUCUGUCUUCAAAUUAAUGCUGACUGCAUUGAUAUAUUUCUACCAAAAGGAAUGAACAAAAAAGAGGAAGUAAAAAAGCAUUGAUUUUUUUUUUUUGUUUAUUUUUUUAAUAUCUCUGCUUAACAGGUAUGUUACGAGAAGUAAUUAUAACUCUUAAGUUAAUUUUAUGUAUAUUUGUGCUUUUGUCCCUUUCAUUUUAAAUACACUAGAAUUGAUGGUAUGAAUCAAAAAAUACAUAUUGGUUUAAAAAGUAGUUUAUGGAAUGGAGCAGCCUCCACUUUUUAUAUCAAGUCCUUUGUUUUCAGUGUCAGUUCAAAGUAUUGGUACCAUUUAUUGAUUGGUACCAAUAAACUGCUACCAUUUAUUGAUCAUUUACUAUGUACCAGGCACUGUGCUAAUAUGCACUUUUAUAGAUUAUCCUAUUAAAUCCUUACAAUACGCUUUUGAAGUAAGUGUUGUUAUUAAGCCAUAAUCAACCUGAGACUUAACAUUGCUAGGUUCUUUUAUGCUGCAGUCAUUGAAUCAGGCUCUGUAGAUUAGAAUCGAUCAUUCUCAAAGAAAGACUUACCUCCUACAAGUCAUUUCCCUCUUAGAAAAAUAUCUGACUAGAUUCUAUGUAAAUAGACACAGGCCAGAACCUGAUUAUAUUAGAAAUACUGUCAUUAACCUUUGUAUAUUCUAUUUCAGCAAGUACCUACAUCCCCAGUGUGCCUGCCUGGUUAUUGUACAGAUUUUAAAAUUUGGUCUGCCUUGGUUUUUACUUUCAGACACAAAACCUAACAGAGGUUUUUCUUAAUAUAGUCUCUUAUAAGCCUAAUGCCAUUAUGUAUGUCAUCCACUUCUUCCUAUGUUCAGGCAGGAGUUGAGGAAUCACACCUUCUGUAAACAUCUGUUUGUUUUUUUGUUUUUUUGUUUUUUUGUUUUUUUUUGUCCAGCAGUCCAUGUGGGUUUGGCAGGGGAGUGGGGAAUAAGGAUUAAGGGCUUGGAUGUCCGAAAUCUGUUGCACUCCAAUGGUGGGGGGGGUGCUGAGGUCAGACCUUGGUGCAGUGAUCUGGUCUGAAACUAAGUGCAGAAGUGUCUGUUCUGUGUUCUCCUUUCUACAUCAAUAGCUAAUAAUAAAGUCUCUCUUAUUUUAAGAAACCUUUCAUUUGGCCUUGACUAAUUAUUUAGAGGAUAGGGGCACAAAAUCUUACGAAUAAUAUUUUGAAGGUAAUAUUCUUCCAUAUAACCAAACUAAGUUCUACUGACUUAAUAUGUGAGUCUUGGUCAUUCCUUGAAUGAUUUAUUCUGGAGUUGACCUGUUUCUUUCAUCUCUUUCCCUAGUUCAUUUGUUUAGAUUUGAUUCCAUUUAUUUAAUACUUAUCUUCAAAGCACUAUUUCAGGAUGACGUCAUCCAUAGCUCCUACAAGAGUGAAUAUGUUAGAACUUCAGCUCUCUCUUGUUCCAUCAGGUCUGUGAUGCAUAAGUGCUGACUUGCUUCGGUGGGAAGAGACUCGGGUUGUGUGAGCUGCACAGUGCCUGCUCUGCCUGGGCCUCCCCAGUCCAGAUACUGCAUGCUUUCAGCUACUUCCAUGUCCUCGCCAUGAGAUGGCCAUUUCAUUGUCCCUCCAGACCUGAGAAUUUAAGCUUUUAAUUUGGGAAUUUUAAGCCACUCACUUCCAUGGGUAGUGUUCUAAAGAACAAACUUCUAGGAAAAUGGUUAUGAGUUUAGCCAUCUCAUUUUUCCCUCAUCAGCAAGCAUUUUCUCAAUAUUUACCACAUUCAGAUUGCUCCAGCAACAGCAAUUCUGCACAAGUGCUUUUCCUCAGCAUUCUUCAGAGAAAUAGCCAUUAAAUUUUGGAAACUUCUUUGGGGAAAAUGUUUUCCUCACUGUCAUUUAUUCCAUCACAGGGCAUUGCCAAGUGGAAGCAGUGACUCAGAUGAGAAGCUUUUACUUGGUAUGAAAGGCUUCGUCUUUAUCAGUAACAACCUGACAGUGAAAAAUUUUAAAGAGCUCUGACCGUCUCUGGGUAGUCCACUGGGAGACUGCAAAGUUCAAUCUUUUGAACUCCUUCUAUUUUGGUUUCAUAAUGUAGAGCGGAAUAUAGGAAUUACAGGAUAUAGUGGCGAUAUUACAGAGUCUACUUUAGUACUGUGGUUUUUCAUUAGGUAGUAUUAAUAUAUGUGUAUGUGUAUAUGUAUAUAUAUGUAUAUAUAUAUACAUAUAUAUAUAGUACCUAUUAUAUACAUAGUGUAUUAUAUAUAGUAUAUAUUAUAUACAUAGUAUUUAUAGUAUAUAAGAGUUGCAUGGAAGGUUUUUUUCUUUAUAGAGACCAUUUUUUAAAAGCAUCAAUUCUUUAUUGUUGCUCUAAUUUGACAUAGAUUUUUGUAGACGUGAUGGUGUCGGUAUUUCAAAUUACCACUAUAAAAAAAAACCGAAGUUAUUUUGAGUUUGGUGAAUUCAGGAAAGGGAGACUAGAUAUGUUUGUUUUCUCUAUAAGGCAAUGCUUUCUUUGCUCACCUUUACAAAAGGUUUUGUGAUUCUUUUCAGUAAAAAAUAGUGUGAAUAUCUGGUGGCAAAAAAUACUUCGGAUGCAGGUUGACUUUCUGUUACUUCAGGUAUGGAGCCAGCUUGGGAAGAUCAUGCUCAGUCUGUAAAUCUGGCCCUGUUCCAGAAUGACACUGGACAGUGUGCACAGGCGCUUUCUCCACAGAAAGCUUGCAGCACGCACGGCUAAUUCCACUUGAUUUGUUUGAACCCAUUUUACCUUUGACUUGUUAAAGCAGCAAGAAGUGAUUCAAGUGAACGUAUUUUUUCCUAAAAUAAAGCCUGUCUUCUCAGUCCUGCAAACAAAUACAUUCUUUUAAAAUAGUUAACACUGCCAAUGAUUCCAUCUGACUUUUCCUAUCCCCCAGAAUAAUAUUUACAAAGAAAAAAAUGAAUUUUUAAAAAUGCUGUCAAAUUCUUUUAGUCGUUACAAGUAAUAGUUUGCCAUUGGUAGGUGAAUCUUUAACACUGCUGGGGAAGACGGCAAUGUGUUAUUGGACACCUGCAGUUCUGCCAGUCAGCUUAACUGCAUAAUCUAAAUUUAACCUGCCUAACACCUCUUCUACAUACAUUACCCUAUUUUAAGAUAACAAAAGUAAGUCAGAGGCGAAUAAGUAACUUGCCCACAGUUGCACAGCUAGUACAUGACAGCUGAAACUCAGACUCCUGUCUGUGAAAUUCCAGUAGCUCCACACCUCACUCUGCUUCUAUUAUGACUUUGUUUUUUAUGGAAUAUUCAAAUACUUAAGUGGAAGGAAUUAGACAACCACUUGUUGAAAAACAAAGUAACCCUCUUCUUGUUUUUUGAGUGAAACAAAUCGAAGUUUUUCCCUCCAAAAAUUUUUGUGAAAACAGGUUGAACUGCCACUGAACCAGAGAAAUACUGGAACACCAGAAUAUUCUCUAAAGCAAACCAUUAUUUCAUUCACUUUGAUUGAGUGGAUUAAAUUGCUUUGUUUUGAUGGGCAGAUUUUCUCAAUGCAUGGGAAAUAAAUAUGUUUUUUACAGCAAUCAGAGUCUGUAAGAAGCACUUUUCCUUACUAUGUCUGCUUUGGUUGAGGGCUCAGCAGAACCCAACAGUAAGCAUCCGUAGUAGGUUUUGUGACUCACAGACACCUAAUGAGAAUGUUUCUUGGUGACUUGACAUUUCUCUGUGCUGGACAAUCAAGAGAAAUGGGGUAUUCAGAAGACCAGGUGCUUGGUAUUGUUAUUCUUCAGUAGGAAGAGUCCGUCAUUAGGAAAAAGCCCAGUUUGUAGUAUUUGAAAGUUUUUGACUAAACGUUAUGGGAGAAUGUGUGGGUAUGGUUUAUAUUCCUAUUUAUACAUAUGGAGACAAUAAUAAGUAUUUAUUUAGAUUUGGGGGUUUUUUGUGUGUGUCAUAGCGAAGGAAGUCAGGGGAAGAAUGGAAAUAACAUUUACCUCCAGAGUUCAGUUACUUGCAAAUAUUGUGAAAUACCAUCAAAAACUGCCCUUAAAAUAGUUAUUUCAUCUGUCUGUUGCUUGUUUAAACUCUCAUUAAUCUUUACUUUUUGACAUUAAAAUACAAUAUGUCAAUUAUUUUAUGUCUGUGUUUUCUUUUAUAUUGGUAGUAACCUAAAUGAUGUCACUUCGGUUCUGUAUUGCUAUAAUCAUUAGUGUUAUCCUUCAGGACAAAAAAGCAUGCUGCUAACAGUCCGUGACUUAAAGAUAUAAGCCAACUUUAUGUUCAGACCUUACGUUCAUAAUAUUUUUAGCAGUAUGAUACAGUGGAGGUCCAAAUUGGAUUAGACUUUUGCAUUGAAUUCCAAAGUAUUGGUAAGUCUAGCACAUACCAUAUAAUCUUGCUAAACUGUUGUGGGUACAUUUUUUUUAAACCCGUCUGUCUGUCAGUAUUUCACAUGGAGGUCAUUUCUUGAGUAAUGCAGGAUGACCUGAGAAAUUCACAGUUAGUAAUUCUUGAUAAAGCCGUAUGAGUUACGGUGCUUUAACAUGAGUCUCCCUCACACCACCAAUUCUGUUUGAAAAUCGAGCACAUAAGCAGAUUUACCAAGAUAACAGUGAAGCACUUAGUGUGGUUGAAUGUGAUACGUUAGAAUGUUUUUUAGUUGCUUUUUUAGUUCAUUGUUAGUCCUUUUAUGUUUGUGUGUGUCUAUGUAUGUCUGUGUGUUUGGUGAAUCUGAAUUGAAUAGAUGACUUCUUAUUUUAUGUUUUAGGCCAAGAUUGACAGACACCUAAAUAUUCAUGACUUGAGAAUAUUCUGCAGCUAUAAAUUUUGAACCAUUGAUGUGCAAAGCAAGACCUGAAGCCCACUCCGGAAACUAAAGUGAGGCUUGAUAAACCUGUAGAUUGCCUCACAUUUGUCUGUUUACAGAGUAAACUUUACAUCCAGGGAAAGAAGAGCACCACCAGCAGAAGACUUUGCAGAACCCUCUAAUUUGAUGUAUUGUUAAGUUUUUUUAAUGUGUGUAUGAAAUGUAGAAAGAUGUAAAAGAAAUAAAUUAGGAGAGACUACUUUGUAUUGUACUGCCAUUCCUACUGUAUUUUUAUACUUUUUGGCAGCAUUAAAUAUUUUUAUUAAAUAGACUAUGUUGGUUUGUGUGCCUUAUCUUAGGACAGCACUGCUUUAGAUAAUGAAUGUUUCCUUAAGAGUUUACUCUCACUUUUUUAUAACUCAUAAUCGACGUUUAAAUUGAAAUCGGUUCAAAAUGUUGGUCACUUGCUUUUAAAAAUUUUCUUUAGUUACCUCUCAAGUAGUCUUCCUGUCAGAAUAGGUUAGAUGAAAGCACAGAAGAAAAGUUAUAAUACUCCUUUUGUUACUUGGAAAAAAUAUUAAUAUGGAUUAUGGUAUUAAAUUAUUUUUAAGUAAGUGUAGCAACUCAAUGCAGUUUUUAAAAUCAUCGUGUUACUCUUGUGUUGGAUGUUUUGUGUUCCUCAAACACUUCCUGUUAUAAAAAGACCAAGGGUUCCCUCUUGAGUGAGAAGCUUUUGGCUUCUUUACCAUCGAAUUUCCCAACCAGGCGAUGUGUUUGGGCUGUGUGUGCAGUCAGUUGUCAGGUUACUGGUGAUAUUCUUCUUGUCUAGACACACACAAGCCUGUGUGUCAUGUGAGUAUCACCUUAACAGUAUAACAAACUCAUAAUUGGUUUUGUUUUGCCAACUGUGAAAUUUUUAUAAUACUGUUUAUUGAAUACAUCUGUUUCAUCUUUUAAAAAUGUAA